AUAACCAGCUGGUAGCCCAAAAAUAAAAGCAGAAAGCAGAAAAAGUCCCUUAGAAGCUCUUCAUAUCGAACAGAGAGGCUGUGACAGAGGAAGUGGGAGACAGAGGAUAUAUUGUUUAUCAGUUUCCAGUACAAGAGUGUGGAAGAAUAAUACACCCCUGUACUCUUGUUAUCUCACAGCCGGUCUGCUCCCACAGCAACAGCCUCCAUCACCAGAGUGAAGGUAGGGACUCUUAGCCGGCCAGCCUCAGAGCACGUCCCUGGAUAUUUCCUGUGAGAGGUACAACAGUCGCCAGGAAAAAUGGGAUGCUUUGGAUUCCUCAAAACCAUGAUGGUUUUUUUUAACGGCGUUAUUUUUUUGGCAGGUGCUGCCAUCCUGGGUGUUGGGAUCUGGGUAAAAGUGGACAGCGGCUCCAUCCUGAGCUUCCUCGGCAAGAUUGAAGAUGCACCAGAAGAGCUCAGUCAGGUGCUAAAUGUGGGCUACCUGCUGAUUGCAAUAGGAGCGCUGCUGCUCGUCAUUGGCUUUCUAGGUUGCUGUGGAGCAGUCAAAGAGAGCAAGUGUAUGCUACUGCUGUUUUUUAUCAUAGUCCUGGUGGUCUUCAUAGCAGAAAUUGCUGGAGCAGUGGUGAUCUUGGUAUUCAGACCUUUGGCAGAUGAGUUGUUUACCAAGUUUGGCACAGCAGCAGUCAAGAACAUCAAGAAGGACUAUGGACAAAAUGCUGACAUCACAGGACUGUGGGACACCACCAUGAGCACUUUAAAAUGUUGUGGAUUCUACAACUCCUCAGACUUUGUGGGCUCUCCGUAUUACAUCGAACAUGACAAGCAGUACCCACCACUGUGCUGUCCUGGCACAGAAAACCCAUGUAAUCAAUCACUAGCUGACAGUGCCACGACGAUCACAGGCUGCUUCCCAAAGAUCAAGCAGCUCAUUGAUGAAAACACAGUUGUUAUAGUGGGAGUGGCCCUGGGAAUUGCAGCUCUGGAGAUAUGCGCCAUGGCUGUCUCCAUGAUCCUUUACUGCAGAAUAAAAUCCAGGAGGGACUAACUGCAAAUGCCAAAGGUUUAAGAAGAUCAUUUUAAUCACUAGAGCCUUUCUGCUACGUAUGGCCUUUUGAGGAGUGAAAGGCUAUGCCUUUAUCUCACAAAAUCUGCCUCAUCAUUGACAACAGUUCAUGUCAAAUUUUGUGCAAUCAGAGUUAUUGAGUGACAUUACAAAUGUAUUUAACUACAUUUAAAUCUGUCUUAUAGAUACUAUAUAUGAAUGUUUAUGAUUUAUUUCUUAAGAACACUACACUUUGUAAACCGGCUUUACACACUGUCUACUUUACCAGAGAUUAUGUCAAAUAGAAAACAAUGCUACAACCUGUAACACAAGGCCAGUUAAUGAAGAAUUAAAUGAUAACUGUGUUUAUACUGAGAAAAA